AGGCAGCCGGGAGCACGUAUUAUUUUCUCGAAUCGGGUCCCAGAGGCCGAGGUGCCCGUGUAGCCCCACCUCCCUUCUACGCGCACCGAAUUCACUCGCUGCAUUUCUUAUGAGAAACAUUGACUUCAGAACCGAUCAGAUGAAGGCCCUUACUGAUUCUAUAGAGAGCUGCUGUUGAUUACUUAAUUUUUUACACCACCCACUGUAACUUUAGCUGGAUCUCUGUGUUUCUGGCUUGCUAUCGGCAGCUGACCUCUACUAUAGGCUUCAGCAUUUCAGGUUGAGGAGGAGCUGAAGGAGCAGCAGAGGAGGAAGGCAAUGAGGCUCAGGCACUUCCAGGGAGAGGUGAAGCGGCGGGUGAACCAGCAGGUCAAGAUGAGAAGAAAGCAGCAGCUGCAGAGGUCCUGGGAAGCGACAGAGAAGGAGAGCAACCUCGCCAUGCAGUGCUUGGGCUCGGUGCUGCAGCUGACACCCAAGAAGAACACGUGUGUCUUCCGGAGCCGCCCUGUGCCCACCAUCUGCAGCCCCGCUGCCCUGGCACGGCAGGAGGAGCAGGGGGUGCCCAGUGAGCCCUUCCAGCAGCAAGCUGCCCAGCUUAGCAAAGCCAUGAGACAAGUUCGGCGCAGGCUGGCAUCCUGUCGGACAGUGCGCAGAGGCAUGCAGGCCCCAGAGCUCCCCGGCGGCACGUGGAGGCUUGGCCAGAGUCAAGAUGAGCCUGCCCACUUACCAUCUGAACGAGCACAGAAUGAGUGUCACUUAAGCAAUCCUGCUCACCCCACAUCUCUGCAGUCAGAAGUGUUGCCUAGAAAGGAAUCAGUGCUGUGUGCCCCAGUGCCCACUGAAGGUGAGAACGAGGAACUUAUUCUAGCAGGACAUCAUGAUCUUCCAGCUGAACUGCAAGACCAGAUGACAGCUCCACAUCAAGCUGAGCAAGAUGACUUUUACAUCAAAAUGGAAUUUAGAAAAUUCUCAGAUGGAUCAGCGAAGGAUUUGAACUCACCUGAGUCUCUGCAGAGAACGACCCUUGGUUGUCAAGCUCCCCUUGUCCUGUGGGCUGGCAUAGACCAAGAGGAAAGCAAGAAGCAGUCCUUAGCUAUUAGGAGACUUCUGAGGAUCCUUUGGAGAAAGAGCGAGCGUCGGAUUGAGUACCUGAGGUGCAGGCGUCUCUUCAUGAGCGCCGAGCGAGAGCAAGUGAAAGAGCAGCAGAGGCAAAAGGAGCGGCAGAAGAGGAUUGCUGAGAUUAAGAGCAAGAAGGAGAACCAGCGCCAGGUGGAGGAGCAGAGGAUGCAGAAGGCAGCUGAGCAGCAAGAACCCUUCCUGGGGGAUGGUGUGUGCAAAGUUCUGGCCCAGCUUGAACUGGAGGAGAGGAGGCUAAACAAGGUCAAGCAAAAAGAGCAGCGAAAUAAGGAGUACACAAGGUAUGUCGAAGCUUUAAGAGCCGAGGUGAAGGAGAAGAUGAAACUGUACAACAUCAACUUGCCUCCCCUGUGCUCCUGCAGCUCUGACUUCUGGGAGUCCCACCCUGAUACCUGUGCCAACAACUGCAUCUUCUACAAAAACCACAAAGCUUACAGCCAUGCACUACAGUCUGUCAUCUCAUCCUGUGACCUGGUGGAUGGAAGGCCGAAGCUGCCCCUCCGCCACCUCGCUGCUCUCUGCACCUGCCCUGCAAAGCUGUGAGGAGGGCAGCGGUGGUGGUGCUGCAGUGUCUCAGCACCAGAGCUGCGCUGUGCUGAUGCAUUUUGCUGCAGUUUGUGCUCAGGUUUGAACUGCACAUCUUGCACUAGGCGCAGUUGGCUAUUGCACAGGGCAAGUGUGAAGGAGCAGACUGCUCUGUGGCCGUGGGUAGAGUCAAGCACUUGGAUUUUAGCAUUCAACUGCAGAAUAAACUGCAGCACAGAUGA